CCGACAACAGACGUCCUUAAGUGUUAAUCAGUUCAACUGUUCCACGCCGGUCGAAUCCGUUAUUUCUGUGUUAAAUUCCACCUUAAGCAGUUGUACGUCAGUACACUAGUUAAGUGUACGGAGUUAUUUCCAUCAGGAAAAAAUAGCAAUCCGACGAUAAAUAUUAGUAAUUAUAAUUGUUGUAGUUUUUUUUUUUUUGUUUUUUUUGGCUAUUUCCAUUUGGUUUUGACGCAGACAAUUUUAAUGUUCGUAUAGUACACAUGAAUUUGUUUACCAUUUUCUGUUAUGUUACUGUAAUGUGUGACACUCCGGCUGUGCUACCGACUGUGAACGCACAAAGACUGUCCAAUGCGAACCAAAAUAAGUCUGUUACCAACGAUGGACGUAAAUCCAUUAGGGAAACAUCGACAUACCCAACUCGGUAUGAUUAUAUAGACGUGGAUGCUGUUAUGAGUAAUGAAAGGAUAAUCAAAGUUCUCUUCAACUGUGUGAUGAACCGAGGACCAUGUACCAGAGAAGGAUUGGAACUCAAAAGAAUUGUUCCGGAUGCUAUACAAACAGAAUGUGCUAAAUGUAGCGAACAACAAAGAAAACAAGCAGGCAAAGUAUUGGCUCAUUUACUACAGUACAAACCAGAAUAUUGGAAGAUGCUUGUGCAAAAGUUCGAUCCAAAUAAUGUACAUUUGAAAAAAUAUAUGACUGAGGAUGAUGAAAAUGAUAAAGCAUCUUUACAGAAGCAAAUCAACGGAACAGCUAUGAGAAAAAAAUAAAUUUUUUUAAUUUGAUUUUAUUGGUCCAUAUUUUUAAUACGCCUAUUUUAAGUUUUUUAUA